GAGCUGGACAAGGCCUCUGGAAACAACCUGGGGGGUCAACUUGUUGACAGAAAGUUCAAAGCGUUUCUUAAAGUGAUUUUCUGUGAGGGUGUCUGGGAUGAAUAUGAAAAAAAUUAUCCCAGUGAGGUCCAGAAAAUGAUGUACGACUUCACUCGCCUCAAACAGGUCGAUGACGACGUUGCGAUCACCUGCUCAUUUAACCUGGGAAGACUGGCUCAGAAAGAGAAAGACAUAGAAGAGUUCUUUGAGCCAGUGGAAGGUGUCACCUGGGAUGAUGGUUCAAUCAAAAUCUCCAAAGAAAGGCUGAGGGGUUUCUUUGCUGAGAGUCUGGAUGGCAUCACUGAGAGUCUCAGAGAAAUCUUUAAGAAAGAUUUCAGGAUUGAGUUCAUUCUGUUGGUGGGGGGCUAUGCUGCCAGCCAGAUACUGCGCCAGCACAUUACCAGGCAGUUUGGGGGUAGAUGCAAAGUCCUUUGUCCUUCUAGGGCUCAGGAGGCAAUCGUAAACGGGGCGGUGCAGUUUGGAAGAAGCCCAGAGUUGGUGACAUCCCGGAAAAGUGCCUAUACUUAUGGGGUUGAGAUCUGUACUGAGUUUGACGAGUCCGAGCACAAGGCAGAGAAGAAGUUCUCCGCUGAGGGGUCCGAGUUCUGUAGGGACAUUUUCAGUAAGCUGGUGGAAGAAGGUGAGGAUGUGAGUUGGAAUGAAACCAGGUCCUUCUCCUUUUUCCCAAUAGAGUCCAACCAGACCGCAGUGAGUUUGAGAUUUUUUCGCACAGAGAGAAAAAAUCUGGUGUAUGUAGAUGAUUGGGGGGUGGAAGAGGCCGGCUCCUUUAUUGUGAGUAUGCCGGAUACCGCAAAGGGUUUAAACCGUGAGGUCAGGCUGGACAUCCAGUUUGGAUCUGCAGAGAUAGCAGCCACAGCCACAGAUGUCGAUGAAGACGUUGCGAUCACCUGCUCAUUUAACCUGGGGAGACUGGCUCAGAAAGAGAAAGACAUAGAAGAGUUCUUUGAGCCAGUGGAAGGUGUCACCUGGGAUGAUGGUUCAAUCAGAAUCUCCAAAGAAAGGCUGAGGGGUUUCUUUGCUGAGAGUCUGGAUGGCAUCACUGAGAGUCUCAGAGAAAUCUUUAAGAAAGAUUUCAGGAUUGAGUUCAUUCUGUUGGUGGGGGGCUAUGCUGCCAGCCAGAUACUGCGCCAGCACAUAACCAGGCAGUUUGGGGGUAGAUGCAAAGUCCUUUGUCCUUCCAGAGCUCAGGAGGCAAUCGUAAACGGGGCGGUGCAGUUUGGAAGAAGCCCAGAGUUGGUGACAUCUCGAAAAAGUGCCUGUACUUAUGGGGUUGAGAUCUGUACUGAGUUUGACGAGUCCGAGCACAAGGCAGAGAAGAAGUUCUCCGCUGAGGGGUCCGAGUUCUGUAGGGACAUUUUCAGUAAGCUGGUGGAAGAAGGUGAGGAUGUGCGUUGGAAUGAAACCAGGUCCUUCUCCUUUUUCCCAAUAGAGUCCAACCAGACCGCAGUGAGUUUGAGAUUUUAUCGCACAGAGAGAAAAAAUCUGGUGUAUGUAGAUGAUUGGGGGGUGGAAGAGGCCGGCUCCUUUAUUGUGAGCAUGCCGGAUACCGCAAAGGGUUUAAACCGUGAGGUCAGGCUGGACAUCCAGUUUGGAUCUGCAGAGAUAGCAGCCACAGCCACAGAUGUGAGCUCUGGGUCCAAAGGAUCCAUAAAGAUUGAUUUCAUGACCAAAUCCCAACAAAGUGGGAACGUCAACCAGAGCAAAGCUGGUCAGUGCUUCGUCUCAACCGAAUGA